AUGGAUUUUGAAACUCAAAUAAUUAUUUGUAGAAAUAAUGCUAAAAGUGUAGUAGAUAAAAGACUUAGAGGAUUUGUUUAGGUUUGGAAUCAAGUAAAUUGAUUUUGAACAUUAGAUUUUUGAUGAAGAUGAGGAGAUAAUCGAUUUUGAGGCUGAUCCUAAUUUAGUAAAAUAAAUAAAUCAUUACUAUUAAUUGCAUGAGUAUGAUUAAGUAAAUAAAUAUAAAAAGUAGACUUAAAUAAGUUUUGUUGAAAAAAUCGAAGAUUCUAAUAUUGAACAUUUGAUGGACUAAAAAUCAAUUGAAUAUCUAAAAUAAUUAGGAUUCCAAAAUGAUGAAUUAUCAAAAGAAAGAGUUUAAGAAUGGUUAACAAAAAUAUCUCCUUUAUUAAGUGAAUGUUAUAGGUUAAAUUGCAUUGAAAUUAUUGAAAUUUUAAAAAUAAGUGUUGCAAUAUUUUUCUAUAUUGAAGGAUUAACUGAAAAAGAAUUUUAACAAUUUGCUUUAAAAUGGGGAAUUCAGUAUCCAUUACCUCCUCAAAGAUAAAGAAAAAUUGUUGAAGAAAAUAAAUUUGUUUUUGAGAGAUAAGGAAAGAAAUGA